AUGGGCCCUCCGUGCCGCAGCCUCUCCGCGCUCCUGCUGCUGCUGCUGCUGCAGGUCUCAUCGUGGCUCUGCCAAGAGCCGGAGCCCUGCAAUCCCGGCUUUGGCGCCGAGAGCUACACGUUCACCGUGCCCCGGCUGCACUUGGAGAGAGGCCGAGUCCUGGGCAGAGUGAGUUUUGAAGGAUGCACCGGUCUACCAAAGACAGUCUAUGUUUCUGAUGACACCCGAUUCAAAGUGGGCACAGAUGGCGUGGUUACAGUCAAACGGCCUUUACACCUUCAUCAUCCAGAGAUGAGUUUUCUUGUCCAUGCCUGGGACUCCACCCACAGGAAGCUCUCCACCAAAGUGACCCUGAAGGCAGUAGCGCACCACCAUCACCACCACCAUCAUCAUGACUCUCCCUCUGGAACCCAGACAGAAGUGCUCACAUUUCCCAGCUCCCACCAUGGUCUCAGGAGACAGAAGAGAGACUGGGUUAUUCCUCCUAUCAGCUGCCCAGAAAAUGAGAAAGGCCCAUUUCCUAAGGCUCUGGUUCAGAUCAAAUCUAACAGGGAAAAAGAAACCAAAGUUUUCUACAGCAUCACUGGCCAAGGAGCCGACACACCCCCUCUUCAUGUGUUUAUUAUUGAAAGAGAAACAGGAUGGCUAAAGGUGACGGAGCCUCUGGAUAGAGAAGAUAUUGCCAAGUACAUUCUCUUCUCUCAUGCUGUGUCUUCAAACGGGCAAGCAAUCGAGGAGCCGAUGGAGAUUGUGAUCACCGUGACCGAUCAGAAUGACAACAAGCCUGAGUUCACCCAGGAGGUCUUCAAGGGGUCUGUCAUGGAGGGCGCUCUUCCAGGGACCUCUGUGAUGGAGGUCUCGGCCACAGACGCAGACGAUGAUGUGAACACCUACAACGCUGCAAUUGCUUACACCAUCCUCAGCCAAGAGCCUAUGCUGCCGCACAACAAAAUGUUCACCAUCAACAGGGACACGGGUGUCAUCAGUGUGCUCACCACCGGGCUGGACCGGGAGAGUUUUCCCACGUAUACCCUGGUGGUUCAAGCUGCAGACCUGCAAGGUGAAGGCUUAAGCACGACCGCAACAGCUGUGAUCACAGUCAACGACACCAACGAUAACCCUCCCAUCUUCAACCCAACUACGUACGUGGGGUCGGUGCCUGAGAACGAGGCUAACGUCGUCAUUACCAAACUCACAGUGACCGAUGCCGACGUCCCCAAUACCCCAGCGUGGGAGGCCGUUUACACAAUAUUAAACGAUAACGAGAAGCAGUUUGUUGUCAUCACAGACCCAGAAACCAAUGAAGGCAUUUUGAAGACGGCUAAGGGCUUGGAUUUUGAGGCCAAGCAGCAGUACAUCCUGUAUGUGGCAGUGACUAAUGUGGCCCCCUUUGAGGUCACUCUCUCCACUUCCACAGCCACCGUCACCGUGGACGUGAUAGAUGUGAAUGAAGCCCCCAUCUUCAUGCCUCCUCAGAAGAAAGUGACAGUGCCCGAGGACUUUGGCUUGGGCCUGGAGAUCACGUCCUACACCGCCCAGGAGCCAGACAGAUUUAUGGAACAGAAGAUCACGUAUCGGAUUUGGAGGGAUGCUGCCAACUGGCUGGAGAUUAAUCCGGACACGGGUGCCAUUUCCACUCGGGCUGAGUUGGACAGAGAGAACGUCGAGCAUGUGAAGAACAGCACGUACACGGCCCUCAUUAUAGCCACUGACGAUGGUUCUCCACCUGCUACUGGAACGGGAACGCUGCUUCUAUUCCUCGAUGAUGUGAAUGACAAUGGCCCCGUACCAGAACCUCGGAACAUGGACUUCUGCCAGAGGGAUCCACAGCCUCUCAUCAUCAACAUCAUUGAUCCUGAUCUUCCCCCCAACACUUCUCCCUUCACAGCAGAACUAACACAUGGGGCAAGUGUCAACUGGACCAUUGAGUACAAUGACCAAGAACAUGAAUCUCUGAUUUUUAAGCCAAAGAAAACCCUAGACGUGGGUGACUACAAAAUCAAUCUCAAGCUCAUAGACAACCAGAACAAAGACCAAGUGACCACCUUAGAUGUGCACGUGUGUGACUGUGAAGGGGUCGUCAGCAACUGUAUGAAGGCCAGGCCUCAAGCCGAAGGAGGAUUGCAAGUUCCCGCCAUUCUGGGGAUUCUUGGAGGCAUUCUCGCUUUUCUGAUCCUGAUUCUGCUGCUUCUGCUACUUAUUCGGAGGAGAAGGGUAGUGAAAGAGCCCUUACUGCCCCCAGAAGACGACACCCGGGACAACAUUUAUUACUAUGAUGAAGAAGGAGGUGGAGAAGAAGACCAGGACUAUGACCUGAGCCAGCUACACAGGGGCCUGGAUGCUCGGCCCGAAGUGACUCGCAAUGAUGUGGCGCCAACCCUCCUGAGUGUGCCCCAGUAUCGACCCCGGCCUGCCAAUCCUGAUGAAAUUGGAAACUUUAUUGAUGAAAACCUGAAGGCAGCUGAUAGUGACCCCACCGCCCCACCCUAUGACUCUCUGCUGGUGUUUGAUUAUGAAGGAAGCGGCUCCGAAGCUGCUAGUCUGAGCUCCCUGAAUUCCUCGGAGUCAGACCAAGACCAGGAUUAUGACUACCUGAACGAAUGGGGCAGUCGCUUCAAGAAGCUGGCGGACAUGUAUGGAGGCGGCGAGGAUGACUAG